CCCGUCAUUGGUGUCAGUGGGAGGAAUAGUGCCCCAUCAUUGGUGUCAGUGGGAAGAAACGUGCCCCAUCAUUGGUGUCAGUGGGAAGAAACGUGCCCCAUCAUUGGUGUCAGUGGGAAGAAACGUGCCCCAUCAUUGGUGUCAGUGGGAGCAAUAGUGCCCCAUCAUUGGUGUCAGUGGGAAGAAUCGUGCCCCAUCAUUGGUGUCAGUGGGAGGAAUAGUGCCCCAUCAUUAGUGUCAGUGGGGGGAGGAAUAGUGCCCCAUUGUUGGUGUCAGUGGGGGGAGGAAUAGUGCCCCAUCAUUGGUGUCAGUGUGGGGGGGGGGAAUAGUGCCCCGUCAUUGGUGUUAGUGGGGGAAGAGGAUAGUGUCCCAACAUUGGUGUCAGUGGGAGGAAUAGUGUCCCAUCAUUGGUGUCAGUGGGAAGAAUAGUGCCCCAUCUUUGGUGUCAGUGGGAGGAAUAGUACGUCAUUGGUGUCAGUGGGGGGGAAUAGUGCCCCGUCAUUGGUGUCAUGGGGGGGAAUAGUGCCCCAUCGUUGGUGUCAGUGGGAGGGAGGAAUAGUGCCCCAUCAUUGGUGUCAGUGGGGGUGAGGAAUAG